CAAGGCUAGUUUCCACCCCAGCCACCAGCCUGGGCAUUCCCUUGGCGACGCGUUUGGGUCUCCACCUGCUGCGGGAACGAGGGGCGGGGCAGGGGGCGGGGCCUGCGCGGUGUUCCCGGGAGAGGAGGCGGGAGCUGGAGUGGACGCCCGAGCUGCGGCUGCUGUAGUUAUCCUAGCCCGUGCUGGGGCGGCGGAGCGGCGGGAGGGAAGGCUGGCGGGGCGAAAGACUGGGAAACCUCUGAAAGACCAACGAGACUUCGGAGACCAGAGACGCGCCUGGGGGGACCUGGGGCUUGGGGCGUGCGAGAGUUCCCUUGCACUCGCUGGGAAAGCGCGCGGGGAUCGUCCCAUGGCCGGGGCUCGGAGCCGCGACCCUUGGGGGGCCUCCUGGAUUUGCUACCUUCUUGGCUCCCUGCUCGUCGAACUGCUCUUCUCACGGGCUGUCGCCUUCAAUCUGGACGUGAUGGGUGCCUUGCGCAAGGAGGGCGAGCCAGGCAGCCUCUUCGGCUUCUCUGUGGCCUUGCACCGGCAGUUGCAGCCCGGACCCCAGAGCUGGCUGCUGGUGGGUGCUCCCCAGGCCCUGGCUCUUCCUGGGCAGCAGGCGAAUCACACUGGAGGCCUCUUCGCUUGCCCCUUGAGUCUGGAGGAGACUGACUGCUACAGAGUGGACAUCGACCAGGGAGCUGAUGUGCAAAAGGAAAGCAAGGAGAACCAGUGGUUGGGAGUCAGUGUUCGGAGCCAGGGGCCUGGGGGCAAGAUUGUUACCUGUGCACACCGAUAUGAGGCAAGGCAGCGAGUGGACCAGAUCCUGGAGACACGGGAUAUGAUUGGUCGCUGCUUUGUGCUAAGCCAGGACCUGGCCAUCCGGGAUGAGUUGGAUGGUGGGGAAUGGAAGUUCUGUGAGGGGCGCCCCCAAGGCCAUGAACAAUUUGGGUUCUGCCAGCAGGGCACAGCCGCCGCCUUCUCCCCUGAUAGCCACUACCUCCUCUUUGGGGCCCCAGGAACCUAUAAUUGGAAGGGCACGGCCAGGGUGGAGCUCUGUGCUCAGGGCUCAGCGGACCUGGCACACCUGGACGACGGUCCCUACGAGGCGGGGGGUGAGAAGGAGCAGGACCCCCGCCUCAUCCCGGUCCCUGCCAACAGCUACUUUGGCUUCUCUAUUGACUCGGGGAAAGGUCUGGUGCGUGCAGAAGAGCUGAGCUUUGUGGCUGGGGCCCCCCGUGCCAACCACAAGGGUGCUGUGGUCAUCCUGCGCAAGGACAGCGCCAGUCGCCUGGUGCCUGAGGUUAUGCUGUCUGGGGAGCGCUUGACCUCCGGCUUCGGCUACUCGCUGGCUGUGGCUGACCUCAACAGUGAUGGCUGGCCAGACCUGAUAGUGGGUGCCCCCUACUUCUUUGAGCGCCAAGAAGAGCUGGGGGGUGCCGUGUAUGUGUACUUGAACCAGGGGGGUCACUGGGCUGGGAUCUCCCCUCUCCGGCUCUGCGGCUCCCCUGACUCCAUGUUCGGGAUCAGCCUGGCUGUCCUGGGGGACCUCAACCAAGAUGGCUUUCCAGAUAUUGCAGUGGGCGCCCCCUUUGAUGGUGAUGGUAAAGUCUUCAUCUACCAUGGGAGCAGCCUGGGGGUUGUCGCCAAACCUUCGCAGGUGCUGGAGGGUGAGGCUGUGGGCAUCAAGAGCUUCGGCUACUCCCUGUCAGGCAGCUUGGAUAUGGAUGGGAACCAAUACCCUGACUUGCUGGUGGGCUCCCUGGCUGACACCGUCGUGCUCUUCAGGGCCAGACCCGUCCUCCAUGUCUCCCAUGAGGUCUCUAUUGCUCCACGAAGCAUUGACCUGGAGCAGCCCAACUGUGGUGGCGGCCACUCGGUCUGCGUGGACCUAAGGGUCUGUUUCAGCUACAUUGCAGUCCCCAGCAGCUACAGCCCUACUGUGGCCCUGGACUACGUGUUAGACGCGGACACAGACCGGAGGCUCCGGGGCCAGGUUCCCCGUGUGACCUUCCUGAGCCGUAGCCCAGAUGAACCCAAGCACCAAGCCUCAGGCACCGUGUGGCUGAAGCACCAGCAUGACCGAGUCUGUGGAGAUGCCAUGUUCCAGCUCCAGGAUAAUGUCAAAGACAAGCUUCGGGCCAUUGUAGUGACCUUGUCCUACAGUCUCCAGACCCCUCGGCUCCGGCGACAGGCUCCUGGCCAGGGGCUGCCUCCAGUGGCCCCCAUCCUCAAUGCCCACCAGCCCAGCACCCAGCGGGCAGAGAUCCACUUCCUGAAGCAAGGCUGUGGUGAAGACAAGAUCUGCCAGAGCAAUCUGCAGCUGGUCCGUGCCCGCUUCUGUGCCCGGGUCAGCGACACGGAAUUCCAGCCUCUGCCCAUGGAUGCGGAUGGAACAACAGCCCUGUUUGCACUGAGUGGGCAGCCAGUCAUUGGCCUGGAGCUGAUGGUCACCAACCUGCCAUCGGACCCAGCCCAGCCCCAGGCUGAUGGGGAUGAUGCCCAUGAAGCCCAGCUCCUGGUCAUGCUUCCUGACUCACUGCACUACUCAGGAGUCCGGGCCCUGGACCCUGCGGAGAAGCCACUCUGCCUGUCCAACGAGAAUGCCUCCCACGUUGAGUGUGAGCUGGGGAACCCCAUGAAGAGAGGUGCCCAGGUCACCUUCUACCUCAUCCUUAGCACCUCAGGGAUCAGCAUUGAGACCACGGAACUGGAGGUAGAGCUGCUGUUGGCCACGAUCAGUGAGCAGGAGCUGCAUCCAGUCUCUGCACGAGCCCGUGUCUUCAUUGAGCUGCCACUGUCCAUUGCAGGGAUGGCCACUCCCCAGCAACUCUUCUUCUCUGGCGUGGUGAGGGGCGAGAGAGCCAUGCAGUCUGAGCGGGAUGUGGGCAGCAAGGUCAAGUAUGAGGUCACGGUUUCCAAUCAAGGCCAGUCGCUCAAAACCCUGGGCUCUGCCUUCCUCAACAUCAUGUGGCCUCAUGAGAUUGCCAAUGGGAAGUGGUUGCUGUACCCAAUGCGGGUGGAGCUGGAGGGCGGGCAGGGGCCUGGGCAGAAAGGGCUUUGCUCUCCCAGGCCCAACAUCCUCCACCUGGAUGUGGACAGUAGGGAUAGGAGGCGGCGGGAGCUGGAGCCACCUGAGCAGCAGGAGCCUGGUGAGCGGCAGGAGCCCAGCAUGUCCUGGUGGCCAGUGUCCUCUGCUGAGAAGAAGAAAAACAUCACCCUGGACUGCGUCCGGGGCACGGCCAACUGUGUGGUGUUCAGCUGCCCACUCUACAGCUUUGACCGCGCGGCUGUGUUGCAUGUCUGGGGCCGUCUCUGGAACAGCACCUUCCUGGAGGAGUACUCAGCUGUGAAGUCCCUGGAAGUCAUUGUCCGGGCCAACAUCACAGUGAAGUCCUCCAUAAAGAACUUGAUGCUCCGAGAUGCCUCCAUAGUGAUCCCGGUGAUGGUAUACUUGGACCCCAUGGCUGUGGUGGCAGAAGGAGUACCCUGGUGGGUCAUCCUCCUGGCUGUACUGGCUGGGCUGCUGGUGCUAGCACUGCUGGUGCUGCUCUUGUGGAAGUGUGGCUUCUUCCAUCGGAGCAGUCAGAGCUCACCUUUUCCCACCAACUAUCACCGGGCCUGUCUGGCUGUGCAGCCUUCAGCCAUGGAAGUUGGGGGUCCAGGGACUGUGGGAUGGGAUUCUUCAAACGGGCGAAGCACCCCGAGGCCACCGUGCCCCAGUACCAUGCGGUGAAGAUUCCUCGGGAAGACCGACAGCAGUUCAAGGAGGAGAAGACGGGCACCAUCCUGAGGAACAACUGGGGCAGCCCCCGGCGGGAGGGCCCGGAUGCACACCCCAUCCUGGCUGCUGAUGGGCAUCCUGAGCUGGGCCCCGAUGGGCAUGCGGGGCCAGGCACUGCCUAGGUUCCCAUGUCCCAGCCUGGCCUGUGGCUACCCUCCACCCCUUCCCCAGAGAUGGCUCUUUGGGAUGAAGAGGGUAGAGUGGGCUGCUGGUGUCGCAUCAAGAUUUGGCAGGAUCGGCUUCCUCAGGGGCACAGACCUCCCCCACCCACAAGAACUCCUCCCACCCAACUUCCCCUUAGAGUGCUGUGAGAUGAGAGAGGGUAAAUCAGGGAUAGGGCCAUGGGGUAGGGUGAGAAGGGCAGGGGUGUCCUCAUGCAAAGGUGGGGAGAAGGGAUCCUAAUCCCUUCCUCUCCCAUUCACUCUGUGUAAUAAGACCCCAAGGACCUGCCUCCCCAGAAGUGCCUUAGCCUAGAGGGUUGGGGAGGAGGUUGUGUCACUGACUCAGGGGCUCCUCUUCUCUAGUUUCCCCUCUCAUCUGACUUUAAUUUGCUGCAUCAGUCUAGUGGUUUUGUGGUUUUGUCUAUUUAUUAAAAAAUAUUUGAGAA